AUGGAAACGGCAAUGAUAAAAAAGACAAAUAAAUUCAUAAACAGUGCCGAUAGUGCCGUGGACGAUAGUAUUCGUGGGUUAAUUCUUUCGCAUGACAAUUUGGCAACUUUAGAUUGUUGUUAUCGUGUAAUCCUUCGAGCUGAUAUUGAUAAGCUGAAAGGAGGAAAACAGGUAACGCUACUUGCUGGUGGAGGUUCUGGACAUGAACCAUUUGCGGCAGGUUUCGUUGGAAAAGGUUUACUAUCAGCUGCAGUUUGUGGAAAUGUCUUUGCAUCACCACCAACUUCUCAUAUAUCGGCUGGCUUAAACGCUAUUCGCAACAGUUCUGGGAUAGCAGUAUUUGUUAUCAAUUAUACUGGAGAUCGACUUAAUUUUGGUUUAGCUGUGGAACGAUUCAAUAGGAGUCGAGAAAAAGAGGUUCUUGGACAUGAUGGUGAAGUGGAAAUGGUAAUGAUUGGUGAUGACGUAGCCUUAGAAAGUAGUCUUGCUGGACGAGAUGUUGGACGUCGUGGUUUAGCAGGUGCUGUAUUGCUGUUAAAAAUUGUUGGUGCAAUGGCUGAAGAAGGCAAAGAUCUGAAAGCAAUAACGGCAACAUCCAGAAGUGUAAAUGAUAAUUUGGGUACUAUUGGCGUAAGUCUUUCUGCAUGUAGUUUGCCUGGGAGAGGCCCGAUGUUUGAACUAGAGGCUGAUCAAAUGGAAUUUGGUCUCGGUAUACAUGGCGAACCUGGUUUUGAAAGAAGUCAAUACAGGACGGCAAAAGAAGUGGCAAAACUGCUACUGGAAAAACUUGAGAGCAGUCAGAAACUGAAUCUUCAGAAAGGUGAAAAGCUAGUUGUUCUGUUAAACAAUCUUGGUGGAACAUCGCAAAUUGAACUCAACAUCCUAUCUGGAGAAAUUUACUCAUGGUUGUGUGAAAAAGGUUAUUGCAUUCAACGUUUCUAUAUCGAAAGCAUGAUGACGUCGUUGAAUGGACAUGGUAUCAGUAUUACAAUUUUACGACUGGUAUCAUACGAUUGGUUACAGUAUUUAGAUGCGGUGACUGAAGCACCUGCGUGGAAGAUGAGGCAUUUCCCUCCUAAACUUUUAUCUAGUGUAAAUGAAAUCAAAUCAGCGAAAAAGAAACAGAGAAUCAAUAAGCAUGUUGGAGCAACACUUUCUAAAGAAGGUACAAGACGUGUGGAAGCAGCUGUAAAGAAAGCCUGUACAGCAAUCCAUGAAUCUGUGGAUGUAUUGAACGGUUUAGAUGGUAUUGCGGGAGAUGGUGAUUGUGGAACUACUCUAAAAAUUGGUGCUGAUAAAAUUCUGAAAUGCUUGGAUGAAGGAAAGCUUAGAUGUGACGUUCCACUAUCGUUAUUUAAUGAAAUUUCACAAAUAUUUGAAGAUGAUGUUGGUGGUACAGCUGGAGCAUUGUACGCAUUGAUGUUCAGCUCUGCAGCUCAAGCAUUUGUCGAAUCGACAACUGCAAAAGAGUGGUAUAUAGCAUUGAGGAAUGGCCUAAAGACUAUUAUGAAAUAUGGGCAAGCUAAACCAGGUUCUAGAUCCAUGGUGGAUCCUCUACAUGCUGCCGUAACAGCAAUAUCUUGUGAAAAUCCAGGAAAAGAACAGUGGGAAAAUGCUGUGAAGCAAGCUGAAGAAAGGGCAGAAGCAACCAGCGGUAUGUUUGCUCAAGUGGGCCGUGCAAGUUACACUUCCGCAUUGGUACAAAAAAAACCAGAUGCUGGUGCAGUUGCGGUGUCUAUAUGGUUGCGAGCAGUUUAUGAAGCUGUUUAUUCGUAA